CUCACAAUUCACGGCACUGGGGCCUCUCUCUCAGAGUUCAAUUCUGAUUGGAUAGUAUGGCUGAUACCGGCCUCAUCCUCAUCACUCCUCUUAUGCCUGAGGCACUUUCCAAAGCAACUUCAAUAGCUGCUGGACAGGUCAGCUUUGCCCCCGUUCUGCAGAAGCAGUUGGCAGAUCUUGCUCAGUCGCUAACCGAAAUUCAAGAUGUUGCACAAGGUGCCGAGCAGAGGCAAGAAAGUGAUGCGGCCAUCAGGCUUUGGUUGCAGAAGCUCAACGAUGCUGUUUAUGAUGCGGUGGAUUUGCUUGAUAAGUGUGAUUACGGUAUACUUGUUCUUCAGAAGGAAGUUCAGACUUCAAUCCAGAGGCUGAAACAGGUGCACGCCUUCUUUUCUAUGGCUAAAAAAUUUGAGAUGAUUAAUGAAUCUUUAGCUGAAAUUAGAAUGCUGGUACCACUUAUUUAUCUGGUUAUCCAACUUGGAGAGCGAAACAGUGCAACUGCUUGGCCAUAUGAUGAGAUGGUCCACCUUCUUGAUUCUUCAGAAGUUGUUGGAAGGGAGGAUGAUGUCUCAAAAAUUGUCUACUUGCUGGAUGACCAAAAGACUCAACAUCCAAUCUCUGGCAUUUCAAUACUAGGUAUGCCAGGAGUUGGAAAGACAACAGUAGCAAGGUCAGUUUAUAUGAAGGCAAAGGAAGAAAAGCUCUAUGAUGUAGUAGCCUGGGUGUGUGUAUCUGAGGAUUUUAAUCAUCAAAGAAUUUUGGGUGAGAUGUUAGAAUAUUUUCAUCUCCCUCAAAAUAAAAAUUAUACAACUGAUGCACUGCUUCGUGAUCUAGGCUGCCAACUAGAAAACAAAACUUUUCUUCUCAUUCUUGAUGAUGUGCGGGAAAGAGAUCCUAACAAGUGGAAUGUUUUUGCCUCUAGUUUUUCAAAAAUUGUGAAAACCAAUGGGAACUCUAUUGUCCUAACAACCCGUUGUGAAAGUGCAGCAUCUGUGCUAGAGAAACAGUUUCCUAUUUGUAGGUAUGAUUUGCAGAGUCUAUCAGAUGAUAAAUGUUUGGAGAUAAUUGAGAAGUUAGUUCUCAGAUCAUCUGCAAAUGCUUUGAUAUCUUCAAAGCAAUUGGUUGCAAAACAAUGUGGUGGCUUGCCAUUGGUUGCAUCUGCCAUUGGAGGUUUUGAAAUUAGAAAAGAUAAUUUAAUUCAACUAUGGAUGGCCGGCGGAUUUCUUCAACAAAUAUCUUAUGAAAGCCCUAUGCCAAUGGAGGAUAUUGGAAAUGAGUACUUCAAUGAGUUGGUAUCCAAUUCCUUAUUCCAAGAUGUGAGAAGGGAUGCUUGUGGCAAUGUUGAAUUUUGCAAAAUGCAUGAUGUGCUGCAUGAUCUUGCUGUGGCUGUUUCAAAAGGUGAAACUUUGAUUUGGGAGAAUGGUUCCAAUAUUGAUGACACUUCUAAUAUUCGCAAUUUGAGAAUCAAGUAUGACGGGGGAGUGCAUCCAUCCAUUCCUAGAGGUAUUUCUCAGAGCUUGCAUUCUUUGUUUUUGGAGGGUGAAUUUACUAUUAACAUGGAGUCAGAUCCGAAAGGCUUACAAUCUUUAAAAUUAGUCAGAGCUAAAACAGAAGUAUUGCUAACUUCUCUCAGGAAAUUGAAACGAUUAAAAUACCUUGAAAUAGCAGAAAGCAAAAUUGAAACAUUACCAGUAUCUUUCUCCGAACUCUACUUGUUGCAGACUUUAAAAGUUAUGCAGUGCAGUCAUCUUCAAAAGCUUCCUGAUGACACAAGCCAACUAGUUAGCUUGAGGCAUCUUUAUGUUGACGAUAAGAAGCUUCUACCCAAGCAGAUUGGACGCUUGACUUCCCUUCAAACCCUGCCAUCAUUUUUUGUGGGAACAGGUGAGGGUUUUACAAUUGAAGAACUUGGAGGCUUAAGCCAACUUAGAGGGAAACUGGAGAUUCAUAAUCUUGAACAUGUGGCAUCCAAAUCAGAAGCCAUUAGAGCAAGACUAAAUGAAAAGACAGAAUUAUAUGAUUUGAAAUUUGUAUGGGAGAAUGGGAGAGGAGCUACAAACAUCAAUGAUGAGGAGGUUCUAGAGUGUCUCCAACCUCACUCAAAUUUGAAAAGUUUAAGAAUUAGUAAUUUUAUGGGAAAAAACUUCCCGUCUUGGAUGAAUGGUGUCGAGGACUCUAAUGCUUCAUCUCUAUUGGACAACCUGGUAAGGCUGGAAUUAUCUUCUUGCAGUGAAUGCAUGUGUAUUCCUAGUCUUGGACUGUUGCCUAGUCUACAGGUUCUUUACAUUUGUGGAAUGAGUAUGGUAAGAAGCAUUUCACAUGAGUGGCUUGGUCGCCUCACCAACUUGAAGGAGUUGCGAAUGGGUCCUUUUUGGUCGAAUUUGGAGGAAUUUCCUGGGCUCUCUUCCAUCCAUUACCUCCAUGCCUCCCUUGAAUCUUUGAGUUUGGAAGGAUGGGAUAAACUAAAGUCUUUGCCAGAUGAGUUGCGACAUCUCACAGCCCUCAAGAAAUUGAACAUAUCAAGGUUUGGUAGCCUAGAAGAUCUGCCCAAGUGGUUGGGAAACCUCCAUUCUCUUCAAGAGCUGAAAAUUGAACUUUGCUAUCAGCUUAAAGGUCAACCUACUCUUCAAGACAUGCGACUGCGAGGCCUCUACAACUUAAAUUCCUUUGACAUUGUCUCUGAAGAAAAAUGCAAGGAAGGGCGUACCCCGCGUCAACCCAGAAGUGAGUCCACCCAGCGGCGUACUCAGGAUUUAAGGGCCCCCACCUCCCUUGGCUCCGCCAUUGAGUCUACCGAUCAAGAGAAAGUGCAUUCAUUGGGGCUCAUGCCCUCCCCUAGCUCUGCCACUGAGUCCACCGAUCAAGGUGAUAUGCAGCAUUCCUCCUCCAGCAAUUGGCUUUCCAGCGGAACCUCGCUCUCUAGCCUCCGCGUCUCCCUCUCUGAAAACCCUCACAUCUACGACAUCACUGAGAUAAGUGCCGCCACCGACAAUUUCCUCGCCAAGCAUUACUCCUCCUCCGCUUCCACCGCCUGCUGGCGCUGCAAUUUGCGCGGCAGAAACACUAUAGUCUUCCGGAGGAAGUUUCGCAGGAAAAUCGAAACCAACCAGCUGAGAGAAAGAUUAUCGGUGAUAUGCAGGAGUCACCACGGUAGCAUCAUUAGACUCCUCGGCGCUUCCCCAUUCGGCCACCACAUUUGCCUCGUCUACGAAUUCAUCGAGGGAGCCAAUCUCGCCGAUUGCUUGAGAAAUUCAAGGAACCCGAAUUUCACCGUUCUUUCUACUUGGAUGUCCCGAAUGCAGAUCGCCACGGAUCUGGCUCACGGCCUGGAUUACAUCCAUAACAAAACAGGACUGAAGAUAAGCAUAGUUCAUAAUCACAUCAAGAGCAGUAGCAUCAUAGUGACGGAACCUUCCUUCAAUGCGAAGAUUUGCCAUUUUGGCACCUCGCAGUUGUGCGGCGAAACCGACGAGAACGAAAUUGGGAAGGGGAAGAAAGCCGAAGCCAGGGAGAUUGUCGAAGUUGACGAAAGAAGCGAAGAUAAAUUGACGAGGUCGUAUAGCGGGAAGAUGCAAUUCGCAGGCGGGAGAGGCUACAUGUCGCCGGAAUUCCAAGCCAGCGGCGUCGCGACGCAGAAAUCCGACGUGUACGCCUUCGGGGUGGUAAUCCUCGAGCUGUUAUCCGGCGAAGAGCCUUUCAAAUACCGGUUCGACGAGCGAAGCGGCGAAUUCAUCCGUACAUCGGGGUUUUCCUUUGUGAUAAGUCACCUGACUUAAGGAAAUUUAACUGUAUGUUGUCCUUUGUCUGAACACUACACUUCAUCUCCUGCCAAAAGUCGCCAGCAAAAGACUGUUCCUGUGAUUCAGCAUCAGGAGCCGUUCCAUCAUGAGCUGAAUUUUCGUCAGGUGAGGAUGAGGCCACUCCUUCCACAAUGUGUAGCAUAUCCAUAGGAACAGGGUAUCCAUUAUGAAGUAUCCAUCGAACUGGAAGUUGUUAAUGAGUAAUCCCUGAACUUGUAGGUAGUUUUACCAUGCCCUCCAAAAUGUCAAUGUAGUAGUCAGGGGGAUUAAUACGAUCUGGGACAGUAAUUCCAAUGCCA